CAUAGUUUCCUUGUGUUUUGCCAAACAUCAACUAACAGAAUUUUUUUUAUUUUUCUUAUUUGAAGUACUUGUAAAUGUAUUUUGUACAUGUGGAAUAUGAAUCAAAUGUAAAUGUAAAUGCAGUCAAUGAGACUGGUGACAGUUGCAGAUGAGAAGGGCAUAGAACAUGCGUAUAUCCAUCGUAGCAAAGAGAAGUCAGUGCAUAUGGGUUUCUUAUCUGCUCCUACUGACUGUCUGAUAAAGUCGAAACUCAUCCCCUGAGCAGAGUGCAGUAGGAAGAGAAACAAACAGGACAAGAGCAGCUUUCUAUCUGCCAGCUAUGCUACUGAUAAGCAUUGCAUUUGUCCUGACUUGCUCUCUCUUUACCUCAGCAGAGUUCUCUGUAUCUGUUCCUGCUCCUUCAGUUUCUGCACAGAUGGGAAUGUCGAUUGUCCUGCCUUGCAAAGUUUCUCUCUCUUUAAAUGAUAAAUUAUUUGAAGUUCGGUGGUACAAGAAUGAUGCUUAUGAUAGUCCAGUUCUGCUCUACAAGGAUCUGGAGGUCCAGGAGAACGUUGGAGCUUCUCAGUACAAGAACAGAGUGUCUCUGGUAGGAGAACUGGAGAAGGGGAACAUCUCUCUCAAACUGGAUAACCUCACACUCGCAGACAGAGGGGAAUAUGUCUGCUUGGUUAAGAGUUUUGAAUGGUAUGACAAGGCUAGUAUGACUUUGAAUAUUAUAGUGAUUGGAUCUCAUCCUCUCAUCUCAUUGGCUGAUGCUGUAGAUCAGGUGAAUGUUACCUGUGUGUCAGAUGGAUGGUCACCAAAGCCGAGCCUCACAUGGAGAGACAAAGGAGGAAGUGAACUCACAAACAGCCAUAGCCGCUACAAACGUGACUCGGAGGGGCUGGUGAGUGUAAUGUCCUGGGUUCUUCUCUCUCCUUCUGGGUCAGACUGGAUCUCCUGUUCUGUGGGUUUAUCUGAUCAGGAGAUGAGAGAGAGCAGAGUGCUACCACUCAAAGGGUUCUGGAGAGAGGCGUUCAUUUCAGCUCUGUUUCUUUCUUUAAUUGUCAUCAUUACUCUCACUGUUCUUCUUCUCUUAGUAAGACAAGGUUUACUACCACACUGCUCAUCUCGGAAAAAUGCAAAAUUGGCAGGAUAUGGUGAUAUACUUGCAGGUCUGAUGUCGCAGUCAUCUGCACCUCCGGUGUCUAAUGAAGAAAUAAUACGCAAGUGGAAAAAGUUAAAAAAAUCUAAAGUGAAUCUCACUCUUGAUCCGGAAACUCUUCAGAAACCUCUGAUCGUGACGAGGGAUAGGAAUGGUGUUUACCGUGGACAGCUGACCAAGGAGGGACUGGGGCUCACUUUUCCUCAUGUUCUGGGUAAAGAAGAGCUCUCAUCAGGACAGCAGUACUGGGAAGUAACAGUGGAUAAAAAUGCAAAGUGUAAAAGAUCAUGGCGUGUGGGCGUGACUCAAAAACCCGCCUCUGAAGGUGUGAUCAGAGCUCUCUGUUACGAAGAGCGUUAUGGCAUAUAUGCCAGUACUGACCGUCACACUCUAAUACCUAAUGAAGGUCACUGUACCAUGCUCGGGAUGCUUCUAGACUUCAAAGAUCACACUCUGUCCUUCUAUAAUAUAGACAAACAAUCUCAUCUCUACACUUUCACAAUGAAUAAUACAAAUAAUAUUAAAUAUUUUGCUCUAGUCAGCCCAGGAAUUAAAGAUCAGUACCCUGUAUAUUUGAAUAAAAAGUGAUGUGAAUUUAUUUUCUUACAAUUUUUUAAGAUGUUCUAUUAAGAAUAAAUAGUCCUGUUUUUCCUGUUUGUCUGCUACCACUGGUAUACGUGUUCUGUGACUGGCCCAGUCAGUGUGCAGAAGUCUGCCUAGUUACAGUCAUAAAGAAGAGUCUGUAAGAAAAGGCUUCUUGUGGUCACUU